GCCAUGGCUAGAGAUGGCGAGGGACGCGGCCAGACACCCGCCGCGGCUGCGGAGCCUGGCCUGAGGGAGCGGGGGCCAUAGAACCGACCCGGCGGCGUCAUCCAGCAACAGAAAAAAAUCCAAACAAAUAAAUAAAUUACCAAAAAAAAAAAAAAAAGGAAAAGCCACCAGACCGGCAGCAGCAGCACCGCCACCAGCCCACAGCGCCCGCCCGCCCGCCGCCGCCGGCCCGCGGGAGGAACCGGCCCGCGGCCGCCGCGAAGAGCUCCGGGACGCCCCGCCGCCCACCAGAUAGAUGUGCGGUCCGGCCGCCCGCACGGCCGACGAUGAACGCGCAGCUGGCGAUGGAGAACAUCGGCGAUCUGCACGGGGUGAGCCAUGAGCCGGUGCCCGCCGCCGCCGACCUGAUGAGCGGCAGCCCCCACCACCGGAGCGCGGUGGCCCACCGUGGCAGCCACCUGCCGGCCCACCCGCGCUCCAUGGGCAUGGCGUCCAUCCUCGACGGCGGCGACUACCACCACCACCACCGGCCGCCCGACCACGCGCUGACGGGCCCCCUGCACCCCACCAUGACCAUGGCCUGCGAGACACCCCCCGGCAUGAGCAUGAGCAGUACCUACACCACGUUAACCCCUCUGCAGCCUCUACCUCCCAUCUCGACGGUCUCGGACAAGUUCCCUCACCACCACCACCACCAUCACCACCACCACCACCCCCACCAGCGGAUACCGGGCAAUGUGAGCGGCAGCUUCACGCUCAUGCGGGACGAGAGGGGUCUGGCGUCUAUGAACAAUCUCUACACCCCCUACCAUAAGGAUGUUACCGGCAUGGGGCAAAGCCUCUCUCCGUUGUCUGGAUCGGGCCUGGGUAGCAUCCACAACUCCCAGCAAGGGCUGCCCCACUACGCUCACCCCAGUGCCACCAUGCCCGCCGAGAAAAUGCUCACCCCAAACGGAUUUGAAGCCCACCACCCUGCCAUGUUAGCCAGGCAUGGCGACCAACACCUCACCCCCACCUCCGCUGGCAUGGUGCCUAUCAACGGGAUCCCACACCACCCCCAUGCCCACUUGAAUGCCCAGAGCCACGGGCAGAUUCUGGGCUCUGCCAGGGAGCAAAACCCUUCUGUAACUGGUUCGCAGGUCAACAGUGGAAGUAAUUCAGGGCAAAUGGAAGAAAUCAAUACCAAAGAAGUAGCUCAGAGGAUCACCACCGAGCUCAAACGGUACAGCAUCCCCCAGGCUAUCUUCGCCCAGAGGGUGCUGUGCCGGUCUCAAGGGACCCUCUCAGACCUGCUGAGGAACCCCAAGCCCUGGAGCAAGCUCAAAUCCGGCCGGGAGACCUUCCGCAGGAUGUGGAAGUGGCUCCAGGAGCCGGAGUUUCAGCGGAUGUCUGCUCUGCGGCUGGCAGCGUGCAAGAGGAAAGAACAAGAGCACGGGAAGGAUAGAGGGAAUACACCCAAAAAGCCUCGGUUGGUCUUCACGGAUGUCCAGCGUCGAACUCUACAUGCAAUAUUCAAGGAAAAUAAGCGUCCGUCCAAAGAAUUACAAAUCACCAUUUCCCAGCAGCUCGGGUUGGAGCUGAGCACCGUCAGCAACUUUUUCAUGAAUGCACGGAGGAGGAGUCUGGAUAAGUGGCAAGACGAGGGCAGCUCCAAUUCAGGCAACUCAUCUUCUUCAUCAAGCACUUGUACCAAAGCAUGAAGGAAUAACCACGAACUAAACCUCGGUGGAAAAGCUUUAAAAAUAAAUAAAUAAAUAAAUAAAGACAGACCAGGACCUCAAGAUAGCAGGUUUAUACUUAGAACUAUUUGAAAAAAAAAUGUUAUUUAUAAGUCCAAAGAAACCAAAGACUUAUUUCACCUGCAUUAUGACUUUGUUCUAAGACACACACUUUAGUAGGACGACGACUUGCAAAAAAUAGAGAGGAAGAAGAAAGCGAAAUGGAGGGAAUGAAACAGAACGCAAAGAGAAGAGAAAGAGACCACUGGUCUUACACCUUCGCCCAUGAUCAUCUUCACCGUACGUGGCUGUUUAGUGGUUUGGAGCAUAGUGAUUUCUUGUCAUUGAACGGACAUCUCGUCAGAUACGGCUCUUCAUUUCCACAGCGAUUGCCAUGAAGGUGUAGAGUGUAUCCAUACUGCGUACACGCCGGUGGUUAGGGACUUAGUCAGGGCUGGUCUUCAGAGAGGGUUGUGCCAUGGCACGACCGGCAAAGCGUGGAGUCGUCUGAAUCCAUUUGAACGGUAGUGUGAUUUUUGCUGUUUCUUGGUUUGAACUUAACCGGUGUGAUGCCGGGAAACAAGUUCAAACUAGGCAAAGAAAUUUUGAAUGGUACCUAAACCAGUGCAUUCUCUUUGUUUGUUAAGGAAUGUUCAGAUUUAAAAAAGGAAAACUAUUCCAUCCAUAAAAAAAAAAAAUCGACUAGCUACCAAAGAACACAUUUAAUAAUUAUAUUGCAGGUAUUUUAUUGCAAUGAUUUUAAUAUUCCAAAGCUAUUUUUACACAAAAUACUAUGUAGAGUUAUAGGUAUAAACUAAUCUAACUGUAUAACACAUAAAACUUGUAAUCAAGACUGUUACUUGCAAUUAGUCAAACCACAUUAUUGUUUCUUUCCAUGAUUGGCAAGAAAGAAUGUCACCCGAGGAGACCGCAGCCCCUGUGUGAGCACAGGUGCCGGGACUGGGAUGCUGCUUCCAUUGAAGCCAGUCAGCCUUUUUGUCGCUGACUUCAACGGGAGCAAAAAAAGGGGCUGUUACAGCUGCGUGUAAGAUAGCGCGGCAGCUAUCGUGCGCGCACCCCCUUGUUACACUCUCCCAGGCUGAUCUUGCUGGCAGCCCGUUGAACAGCGCUCUUUGCAAGCCGCGCUGCAUAUAAAGGUAGCUCAGCUCUGCCAUCUAGCCUGCAAACUGGAGACCUGAGGCGUUUGGUAUGCAAAAAUGAAAAGAAUUGUGAAAUGUAAAACCACAGGGCUCAGCAUCUGAUCAAUACUCAUUGACAUUAGUGAGCUUUUUUUACCUGUUGACUUUACCAGGCAAAGGAAUAGCAGUAGCUUUGAAGGCUCGUGGUCUUUUCCUGUUGCAAACGGCGGUGCAACAUCAGUUAACGUUGGUGGGAAGAGCUCCGACAGGAGCUCUGGUAGGGCUUUUGGAAGGCCAGAUCCUGGUGCCUCUGAAGUCAACAGCAAAAUACCCAUGACACCGAGAUACAGCCUGACGUUUCGUGGCAGCGUAUCUGUGCGUAGCAGGCUGAGCUUUUGUCCCGUGCAUUCUUUCUUGCUCAUCUAUUAAUCAGGAUAAUGCAUGAAAUAGUUUAAAGUUUGUAGCUGAAAAGCUUUAAAUGCUCUGUUGCUAACAGACCCAUAGAAAAGAAAUCAUCCCGUUCCUACUCUGAUAAAAUUCAAAAGAAAAGCGUGCAACAUCUGCAUAUUGAAUUUUAGUGUAAGGGCAAAAUAGGCUUUAAAAACCAUACAUGUGCCUGUUAGAUUUCUAACCAGUGUUUCAAAUUACUGUAGUAAUUCUACUAGGUAUACUAAAUUCCAGAGUAACCAAAUAUGCAGGUAUAGGCCCAAUGCAAGGAUUAGCAAUAGGUAAUCUUACUUACACCCUUUUUUAAAAAAAAGAGAAAGGAAAAUUCAAGGUAAACUAGAAUCCAACCGCCAUCAACGAUAGCAGAUACCUUUUUUUGGGAUGAAGGCCACUCAGAAUAUUAGCGACACCAAAGUUAAGCAACUUGGUAUUAGUUCCCAAGAGGACAGGGUCUAGUCAGGGUUCAGGGUAUACAGUUAAUUUCCAGUAAGUGUUUAGAAUUCAGCUGAAAUAUCUCGUUAUUAAAACAAAGUCAAAGAAACCCAAGAUUUUUGGCACCAAAUAUUUCUCCACAUUUUCCUACGUUAAACCCACUUUAAGACUGACAAAGCAAUUAUCUAUGAAAACGUAAGCUAAUCCAUGAGUUUUCUGAGUCUCUAGCUUACCUUAAAUUUUAGCGAGCUUUCUUUUAAAGUGUUCCAUCCCCACAGAGACAUAAUUGACAUGGAAACAUUAAUAAGCUCACGUGUAAAGCAUCUUAUGAAUGCAGUCUCGUUAGUGUAAGGUUAAUAAAGGACAGCGAUAACUAACGUUUUAGUUUUUUCCAGCAAAACACUGCUUUGUAACGUACCUAUAGUUUAGAAAAGAAAGCCUUAUUUAUUUAAAACUUGAGAAUUUAAAAAUGCAGGGAAAUUCAAAGUACAUUGCCGCAUUUUUUAGUAUUUCCAUUGUAUUGUCUUUAGAGACUACUUGCUGAAACCAAAGAGAACUUUCAUACCAGCAUUAAAUUUGCACCCAAUAUGCAAUGUCAGGAUCUCUGAUACACACACCCGCAAGCCCCUGAAUCGGUCUGUGUAUAUGUACACGCACACACAUUUUGGUGGGGGUGUAUGUACGUAUACAUGAGCACAUAUGCAUCCACACACACUCAAACUGAUGCACAAGUUAGAGAUUUGAAGUGUUUUGGGUUUUCUUUUGUUUUUUUUAACAUGUCUGUUUAAGUAUAUAUAAACCUUUUGGUUCUUUAUAAGCCAUUAGGAACAAAACCACUCUUCCCAUAAGCAAUAUGCGCCUCAUACUCUGAAUAGGCAAAGACCACACUUUUCUUUGGUUCCUUUCGAAACAUGAAGCAAAUAACUAUGGAACUGCUCAUUCUACCCGUAGAGCAGUUUUACCUCUGAGCAGACUGCCUGGCCGCACCGACUGAAGCAUGGACAGGUUACCUGGUGCUCCCUGGCUCGGAUCGCCGCUGUUCCUUAGCAGGGCAUCCUUAAAGGGGAGCUUUUUUCUAAUGCUGCGCUUACCAUUAGACAGGAGAGCCUGUCUCUGUCCUGUUAGUGUUAGUCUUUCGGUUCACUUCAUUCCUGACAAAACGGAAAUUAGUUUCAAAUUCCACAGAGGGACCUAAAAAUCUGCCAGGAAGGGUUAGGAGAGGGAGCAGACCCUGAAACAAUUUGGGAGCAUCGGGAGAUGGGGCUUCAGCCAAAGGCAGCUCCACGGGCGAGAGGGCAUCAGGAACGCGCGUUGGGCUCGUAGGCUGCUUCCGAACCUGACCGCAGUGACCCACGGGGGGAGGCUGGCCAAGAGGUGAACUGUCCGCAUCCAUCCCCAUUGUAAAUGGCAUUAUUAUCUUUCCAGGAAAAAAAAAAAAAGUAAAAAAAAAGUAAAAUUCAGACCGACCCGCACCGCUACGUCAGCCCCCGCGUUGCUUUCCAGGGGCCUCAGCCUCCUCUCCUUACUCAGGUAACGCAAACCCAACAAGAGCAAGCGAGCCAGCACUGGGCCUUGCUUUCACUUGAGAAUUUGCUCCUGCUCCGACCCGUGCCAGAGGCAAAUUCCCAAGCGGCCGGGGGUGCCCUGGUGUCCCGCACGGGACCAGCCCCAGGGCUGCCCGUGGGCACCGCUCUUCUCCUGAGAGGGAUUUCGGGAUCAGGCCGCGGUGGCGGCGGGCGCUGCCGGGGGGGCUCGGAAACACCACUGAGCUUAUACCAAAGAGUCUUAGGACACCUCUCCUCACCUGAGUCAUAAAUGAGACGUUUUUACCCCCCAAAACGGUCCUUCUUUCUACUACUCUUCCUCCUAUCCUCCUCCUCUUCCUCCUCCUUUGUACAUAAGGAUGAAAACUAUGCAUUUAGCAAACAAAGAGAAAGCACUUACCCUUUUCUAUCUCGCUGCGUUUGGGUGCAUUCAAAGGCCCAGGGGCUAAUUUUGAGACUGCUUAGCCUCCUGGUUUAUUAUUGUGGUGUGGUUAGCUUUACAAUACAUUUGGUAACUAUUUGCUAAAGACAAAGAAACAAAAGGUAAGGAAUAGCUACUUCCACGUGUUAAAAAAAAAAAAAAAGAAAAAAAAAGAAAAAAAAAGUGUGUAAAGAUCUACUAUUUAUAGUGUGAACCAAAGACGCUACCUCACUCGAUUUCCAUUGGUGAUUUUAAUCACGUUGAUGAUACCAAAGAAUACCAAAGAUUUUUCAUGCACGGCCUCGGUCUGGAAAGGGAACUCAUCCUCCUCCUUGCCCCCGUCCCCCCGAUCCCCCUUCCUCACCUUCACUCAGUGUGUAACCUUGUCUUCAUUCUUAAUGAUAAUGCUAAUAACCUUACGAAUACUUCUCUUGCUACAACUGCUACUACUGAUGAUAAGGAUACUACUACUACUAAUAAUACUGAUAAAGCUCUAGGCAAACAUGUUGCAAACUUUGUAAACUCAUAGGACGAGUGCCUUGCUUGAACCAAAGUGUUAAACCGCUGUUGACCUCUUUAUCUCUCACCUUAUACUCUUUGAAUACCUCAGCCUGUUAGAAAGGCCACUAAUGAAAAAAAGGAAUAAUUCUUCACCGUGGUGCUUUUUGCCGUGCAACCAUGCAAUGAAACUUUCUUUGAUACCAAAGGAAAAUGUUUUUUUCCACUUUCUUGCUGACAAACCAAAGGUUCCCUCUUCUUUCCCCCAGAGCAGCUUGAGUCCCUCAGCCCAGACAGGCCGUGCAUCGCUUUUACCAAUUCCUCCAAAUACCUCAUAGUAAUAAAUCUUUAGGGUUAUGUUGUAUAGAGAGUCUAUGUGAUAAGGCAGAACUUACUAGUUUGAUAAUUGUUAAGGUUACUUAAAAAAAGCUUUAUAAUUCUUAUUUAUUUUGUAGGGGUUGUUUUGUUUGUAUAUUCCUUUUAUAUGAUUUGGUUUGGGUUUGGGUUUCUUCUUUUUUUCCUUUUUUUUUUUUUUGGCAGAACUUCCCUGUUAUACUCAAGGAAGAUCUUAUUCCUGGGAAUGUUUCAAAGUGGGUAAAGAUCGCUGUUUGCAAUUAAUGCAAGAAAGGGAAACAUGGCUUUGAUUUCUUUUGUUUCAACUAGGAUGCUUUGUGUUUGCUAGUCGAUGUUCUUUUCACAGGGUAAAAAAAAAAUAUUCUCUGCUGUGAUAAAUGGUUCCUAUUUUUUCUCUAUAAUGUGCUGUGAUUUUUAAUUUAAUUACAUUUUGUAUACGCUUAUUUAAUCACUGCUUUAAUUUAUGACUAUGUAGUUUAAAAAAAAAAAAUUGUAUAUAGUAGAUUCAAAAAUGGCCAAAGCUUUAUGUUACAAUCUUUUCAUUCUUGAUGCCGAGAUGAACUGAAGGAGAGUGCUUCUCUUGACUGCAGGGUGUAUCUUCAGCCUUGUCUUGGCAUGCACUUCCACCCGUGUUACAAACACUGCCAGGUUAUCCCCCCGGGCCUCCCUUCCCCCCAACUUGUACAUGCCAAAAUGAGUGUUUCAAGGUAGUACUUUUGUCACUUAGAAAGCAGAAAGGCAUUAUUAGUGUGUUUUUCCUUUAAUUUAUUUGUCUUUUUCUAGAAAGGUUGCUUUGUGGGUGAGACCCGCACAUCCAAAGAAUUUAAAAGUCGUUUAAUGUUGAAAAGCACUGGCAUUUGUGAGAGACUUUGCUGAGUUUUUCUUUUCCUUCUCCAUUCGCACGGGUAGCGCAAGUAGCGGGCGUAAGCCUUGGGAGAAAAGCUAACUUGAAUUUGGAAACCUUGCUCACGGAAAGGCCUUCGCCAGCCCCCCAGGGACCCGCGGGGGGGUCCUGCCCCCCGGGACAAGCAGGGGACGGCUGGAGGGUGGCGGGGGGCUGUGAGGGCGGCGGGGGGCGGUGCGGGCGACCCGGCUUGGAGAGCGCUGGAGGGCUCGGGCCGCCCGUGGGCCACCGCCGUGUCACCCGCUCUCCAGCCGGGGGACGGGACGGGCUCUGCAAGGCGCAGCCAAGUGCCCCCCCAGCUGCGGCCGGGCCCAGGCACCGUGGCAGAACCGCAGUGCCCCGGCUGCGGCCGGGCAGGGAGGGACCCGUGCGGCAUCCCUCCGAGGAGACCGGGCGCUGCGCCUGCCCCCGGCCCCCCUCCGGCUCUGGGGAGGAAAAAGCAGUUUUGAGUCGAAAAGCAAAAAAGAGAGUAAUGACAAUGACAAUUCUGCAAAGCUGAUGAUGGCAUCACGGCACAGAAAAUAGGAUGCCACUCGCCUGUAUUUUAUUUUGCGUAAAGACUAGGUUCUGUUUCAACUAAAUGUUGUGUACCGACACGGUUUGUAAUGGCUGUAAAUAUUUCCUUUCCCCGCAGAGUAGCUGAGCUCCAGGUGUACCUUGUUUUCCUUUGGGGGGAUAGCGGAGGGGUCGAGGGCGGGAAGGACAAGGGCAGGGUUUGAGCUUUUGGUCAGAAGUUACACUUUCUAGGUACAUUUUUAUACUUCAAGUAUUGAAAUGGGGCAAUAAAGACGCUCUGAAAUGCAGGAUCAUUAAAUGGUCUGUUGGUAAGCAUUGGCUAAAUGUCUGCUUUUAAUAUGUAAACUGACGCCGUGCAAUGAGUUACGUUUCACGUGGAGGGGGGACACAAAGUAUUAGUCUAUGAAUCCAGCAGGAGCCAUCGAGCGCUGGCCAGAACUGUACUUAGAAGUCACGGUUUCUUUUCCUCUGCCGGUAGUUUGAUUUCUCACCGUCCGUUCUGCAUUUAUCGCAUCCUCACUGUGGAACCGCGUUAGUUUUGCAGUCUGAACCCAACAACAGUGUUAACUGAAAACAAACGUUAAAGCAUUGUCUUUUACUUGCUUUGGUAGUUGUCUUCAUAACCCCCUGCCCGCAGUCCAGUCCCAGCUAAGCCGAGCCUGGGCCAGCCGGGCCCGGCCCCCCCCAGCUCCAGCCGCCGCCGCGCAAAGAGGGCGCCAGAGACAAUCACAGGGCCAGGUCCGUAGAGGUAGGAAAUCUUCCGAGAGCGAGAGGGAGUUCUUCCAGAGCAAUGAAACAAAACAAAGCAAAACAAAAAAAAAGAAAAAAAAGAAAAAAAAAGACAAAAAAGACAAAAAAAAAGAAAACAAAGCGAAGAUUUUGAUAAAAGACAACUUUGCUGUCAUUUUUAGUUUGCCCAUUAGGAAGCAGUAGUAGUUUAUGCGUUGCAUCUGCAUUUCAGACUAAGUGAUUAUUGUACCUAAUUACGGUUGAUUGCUAAUAUUUCCUCAAUCUCUCUCUUAGUCAAGCGCUUCUUCUUCUGUAUUUUUGUGUGUAGCGACAACAAGUGUAAUGCGCUAGGCAUUAUUCUGGUUUGGUUAUGAGUAUCUCCUGUACUGCGUUAAGAUUUCCUUAAGUUACUUUUUUUAAGCUUUGCUACUGUUCUCACUUUAUGCCGUGCAAUAUCAUCUGCUGUGUUUGCUAAGCAAAAAAAAAAAAAAAGAAAAAGAAAAAAAAAGAAAAAAAAGCAAGUGAUGAUGUCAUCAUGCUUUUCAGUGUUACAAUGUUUCAGCGUUUAUG